AACAAGUUCCAAAACCGGCAAUCAAAUCUAUCAAUAUCGCGUAACUUGAGGCUGAAUUAGAAGCUCAGUCAGAUAAGCGGGUUGGCGUGAAUAUAACAGAAAUAUGAGUUGACUUUAAAUCAGUUCCACCGAAAUGGCAGGGUCUAAGCGGCAGUUGGGUGCGAUUUCAGGCGGGCUGCUGCUCACGUUUUGCGGUGGGAUACACAUAGGAUGGAGUGUCGUUCACCUGAACAUGUCCGGGAAUGGCUGGGCUGUAGAAAUAAAUGAGCAGGAGUACAGAUUUGCCAUAGUGGCGUUCUUCACCGGAGUCGGUACCAUGCUAGGGAUCUUGGGACAAGUUAAAGAUUUUCUCUCGAACCGAACGUGGCUGAUGAUAGCCGUCUCCUUCACUCUGAUAAAUGGAAUUAUUUUCACCGCCAUACCAAUAGAUUAUACCGCCAUCGUUGCAACGAGAAUUAUCGCAGGUUUCGGGCACGGAAUCGCACAUGUCAUAAUGACCAUUUACAUCGGAGAAAUUGCCUCCAAACAAUUUCGUACCAAGUUCAUAGCUAUGCUUACAGCUUCUAUCAUAGCUGGGAUAACCACAUUCACGCUAAUAUCAAUGGUAACAACGGAUGCAACGUAUCUCGAAGAACCAGCAAUGCAUCCUAAUCGAGCCUUGGGGAUAAUUAUCAUGCCUUUGAGCUGUGCUGCAUGUGUUCUAAUCUAUUUCUUAAUGGUGGAGUCGCCCAUUCAUUUACUGUCACAGGCGGAGUAUAAGCCUGCACUUAACAAUUUAAAAAUACUUCGCGAUGAAUUAGAGGAAUCAACACGUACGAGUGAAGAAUUCGAAGACAUGAAACUACUAACUGGAACCGCCAACAGUAGUCUGAUGGCGAAGAUGUUUUACAACGAAGGAAACAUGAAGGCGUUUUCAAAUUGCUUAACGAUGAAGUUAGCGAACCUCCUUAUUUUUAACUAUUCCAUGAAUAAGGCGAAGAUGGAAUAUAUGUCGGCCAUGUUUGAUACAACAAAUGUCAGUUUAAGUUGGGCCCCAUCUAUUUUGAUGCUCAGUAAGCUUUUCGCCGCCUUGGUUACCAUAUUUUCCAUCGACCUUUUGCCACGACGAUUUCAGUACACAAUUUCGGCUACGGUUACGGGUUCAUUUUUGUUAGCAUUCGGAAUUGUGUUGGCAAUCAGUGAUUAUGUAGAGCCUUGGAUAGCCCCCUUCCUGUACAUCACGGCUGAAGUUUUCACUGCUCUGGGCAUGUUACCGAUUUCGGAAAUUCAAAUAUCGGAAGCUUUCCCCCCGCUCAAGAAAGCGAUGUCGGUUGUAGGGGUGCUCAUAUGCGAAUACGUUGGACAUAUUGUUGUGUUUAUUAUUUAUUUUAAUACACCGAGCACCCCGGAAGGUGUCUACAUUGAAACAAUUGUGCUGGCCAGUGUUAUACUACUGAAAAGCUUUCUAGCGUUUUUCACCAUUCCAGAUACGAGAAACACAACGCUCCGGGAAGCACUGCAGCUGUUGUCGAAAUCCAAACGUUAGGUUGCUAAGUUUCGAUUUUUGUUUAGCUAGUUUUUA